AAGUUUUACUAAAAUCUGUUCGGUAAAGUCGCUCGUUCAAUUUCUGUGGUUCUUUAAACAUAUUAGUUAUAAAAACGCAGUCGUAUUGUAUACUUUGUCUAUUGACCUGUAUGUCGUCAGUAGUGUUUGAAAUUAGGUAACAAUAACUUGUGUAAAUUAUAUCCUGUGUAUAAUAAAGUACAUAAACUGUUUUAGUGGAAGUUUUACAAGAACUGUUUUCUUUGUGAGGUGUGUACCGUGAAUAUGAAUAUCUAUCUGAACAUCAAGAAUCAUAAGAAGACGGCUACUGAAGGUUUUGAAAUUAAUCCUACCCACUAGCGUUUCGAACCACUUUACUACACAAAAUGACAGAAAAAGCAUACACAUCGUUAGAAGAUCAGUACCAAACAGUAAACGUGAGAAGAACCAGAGAAGAUAUCACUACAACCAGCACUGUCGAAGAAAUUCUCAAGAAAAUUGUACCCGCUAAAAGUUUUCUGUACAGAAAUCAGGAUAAGAAAAAUGAUAGAAUAUUUAGUUCUUAUUUACCAAUGGACUCCGGUACUCCGAAAAAGCCUAGAAGGUUUUUUAGAAUGAGUUCAUACGAGUAUCCAAUGUUCUCGUCAAAAGAAACUAAAACAGAAAAUCACAACGACAGAGGAUAUUAUUCAGUGAAAACUAACAGCAGAUAUUAUAUUCAGAAAACUUUCAGAAUACCAGAAGCUAAAACUAAAUACAAAUCAAUAACAACUCCUGAAGAAGUGAGUGAAUCUAUUGUAGAAGAUCAUUUGUACGAAGAUUUGUGCUACACUGACGUAGAAAAAGAAAAAGCUGAAGAAGAGAAAAAAUCAAAUCAAACUCAGAAACCUUAUAAAGUUAUGAUUCAAGAGUUAUUCCAAUCGUUCAAACUGCCGUUCUUUAAGAAAAAUGAAGAGGCAGAAGUUAAAGAAAAUGCCAAGGAAGUAGUUGAAGUUGUCGAUGAACAAAAAAAGGAAAACGAGGUUAAUUUCUACGAGAAUGGCGACGUGGCAGUGGCUGCAAAUAUGUACGAUUCCGUACACGCUGUGCGGCCGGUAGAAAGUGCGGCAAAGGAUCGGGUGCAGAUUCCAGUGGAAGACUACCUGGAGCCAAUCCAGGUGGAAAGGGACCACCAGUACUGCGACGUGGCGCUGAAGGAAGACUCCCUGCUCCAGUACAUCAUGAACCUUUUCGAGAACUUCGGGAUGCGGCGAGAAACGAACGAAGAAACCUCCGAGGACCUGGAACCUCGGAAGCCUGAAGAACCACCAGCCGAAUGGACCAACAAUAUGGCCGGCCGCCCGCUGCCCGUGCCUGUCGAAAAUGAGCCUUACUACAUGCAGGUUUCAAGAAGCGAGGCUGAAGAUCUGUUGAGGGGGGAACCUGAUGGGGUGUUUCUGCUGAGGCCAUCGAGUCAGCCAAACCACGCGUACACACUGUCUGUAUCCUGCGCCGGCAGCGUCCACAACGUGGGCGUGCGCAAACGUAAUGACGGGCGGCUCGCGCUUGGCUACCCGCGCCGCGGUGAACGCAGCUUUACAAGCAUAGCGUCGUUACUGCGGCAUCAUAAACGGCGAAGAUUACUUCUUGUGGCCGGCGGCGGAGUGGUAGGCGCGACAACCCUCAACGAGCCCCCGCGAUACUACCAGAGCCCGUCCAGCAUACCUGUGCCUGUGCGCACACAAUGAUCAUCGAUGUCAGGCAAUGGAAGAAACUGUAUAACUAUAUGUCUACUGAAUAAAAGGUGUAGUGCUAACGCCCCCACGCAUAACAACAGUUAGAGCUAUGGAAAACCAGUGUGAAUAUUAAAAGUUGUUGUAGAAGAGUGCGCUAUACAAUGGAAUGCGUUUCAAUGGCUGUUAAGGAGACAUUCGGAUGUUAACUGACGGUACAUUACUUCUUCUUAUAUCUAACGUUAUCCCGGCCUUUACUAGGGUCCGCUUCCCUACUUACUUUUCACUACUGCGCGAUCCUGGGCGUCCUCUCGUGUGAGGCCGUUUACGCUCAUAUGUGCUUUCCCGAAAUCGAGCCAUCGCUUUUUAGGUCUGCUGUAGGGUCGGGGGCUAUCAUGGGCUAAGUUAGGUGGCCGAACCACCGGAGGCGACAUUCUUGGAGCUUCUCCAUUACGUCACAGACUGCUAGGCUGCCACGGAUAUACUCGUUGCGGAUGCGGUCAGCGCGCGUAACGCGUAUCCCACGCAGCAUCUUCAUCUCUGUUACGCGAAGCUCUUGAGCGUGUCUUCCAAGAACCAGCCACGUCUCGGCGCCAUAAAGUGGGACGGAAAGCAUUACUGUGGAGACAAUACUGCUGCGGCGUGGACGCUGCGGCUGUGUAUGUCAAUUUCCUUCAUAAAAUGAGUGACGUUCGCCGCAGCAUUCCCGUCAUGUUUCUAACGUACAAUCCGUCACUCAUUUUAUCUAGGCAAUAGACAAGGACAGCGUCCGCGUCAAGACCGCAGCAGUAAUGCCGCCACAGUAACCCAGCUACAGUUAAUAUCCGAAUAUCACCAUUAGGCCUUGUAUGCGUGGUGGGGCUAUAUAUAUGCAAGUAGAAGAAGUUACAGAAGAGCACUUAGUUAUGAGGACGGUAUAAUUUCUCAGGGAAGAUCUUGAAAGUGAUCGUAAGAAAUAAUUAACGAAUGAAGUGCAGCUUUAAAAUCAAACUUAUUUUAGUAUUAUUAAGGACUUAUUAAUCUUCUUUGAAGCUAAUGAAGGAAUAUAGAAGAUAUAAAAUUUAUAUCUUCUAUAUCAUUAAAUUCAUUUAAUGACGAUGGUCAAAUCAAAAUUCUGUUGAAUAUUACAGUCGAAACGCUUAGUACUAGCUUAUAUCAUUUAAGUUUCAGAAUUACAAUACUUUCUGUAUAGUUAUAUUAGGGACUUGUUUAACUGUAUUGUAUUUUUAAACAUUUAUAAGGAACCUGUACGUACUUUUACGACCUAUAGUGGUUAUCUAAGCAUUUUUAUUAAAUACAUAUAUGUAUAUCCUAACAAGGUUGUU